AUGAAGAAAAAACUAUUCAAUUCCGUCCUCCCCUACGAAACUCCGAGAUUGAGAGACCAUUACACGGUUGGAAAGAAGCUAGGCCAAGGACAAUUUGGUAUCACAUACCGUUGCACCGAGAAAUCCACAGGCACGGAUUAUGCCUGCAAAUCCAUAGCCAAACGGAAGCUUUUAUGCCGGGAUGAUUACGAUGAUGUAUGGAGGGAGAUUCAAAUUAUGCACCAUUUGUCGGAGAAUCCAUCCGUUGUUAGGAUCAAAGGCACAUACGAGGAUAAUGUGUUUGUGCAUCUCGUAAUGGAGUUGUGCACUGGCGGUGAGCUUUUCGAUCGGAUCGUGGAGAAGCGGCAACAUAGCGAGCAGCAGGCAGCGGAAUUGAUGAGAACAAUUGUCGGGGUUGUGGAAGCUUGUCAUUCUCUUGGGGUUAUGCAUCGAGAUCUCAAACCGGAGAAUUUCUUGUUCGACAGUAACGGGCAGCUAAAAGCGAUCGAUUUCGGGUUGUCGGUCUUCUACAAACCAGGAGAGUAUUUCUGUGAUGUGGUUGGAAGUCCAUACUAUGUUGCCCCAGAAGUUUUGAAUAAACAUUAUGGACCUGAAAGUGAUGUGUGGAGUGUUGGGGUUAUCUUGUACAUUUUAUUAUCUGGGUGUCCACCUUUCUGGGCAGAGACGGAUUCGGGCAUCUUUAGACAAAUUUUAAAUGGAACAGUUGACUUCGAAUCUAUGCCAUGGCCAAACAUUACAGAAAGUGCUAAAGAUUUAAUAAAAACAAUGCUCGAUAGGAACCCAGAGCAACGAAUAACCGCUUAUCAAAUACUAUGUCACCCAUGGAUCAAGGAAGAUGGAGUUGCUACAGACAAGCCUUUGGAUCCUGCAAUUCUAUCACGACUAAAACAAUUCGCGGCUAUGAACAAAAUUAAAAAGAUGGCGAUGCGUGUGAUUGCGGGAAGGCUUUCAGAAGAGGAGAUUGGUGGUCUAAAGCAAUUGUUUAAAACGAUUGAUACAGAUAACAGCGGAACGAUAACAUUCCAAGAACUCAAACAAGGGUUGAAGAGAGUUGGUUCAAAUGUAAUGGAAUCCGAGAUCAUGGAACUUAUGAAUGCGGCUGAUACCGACAACAACGGCACAAUCGAUUACGGUGAAUUCCUAGCAGCAACCUUGCACUUAAACAAGACGCAGAGGGAGGAGAACAUGCUUGCGGCUUUCUCCUUCUUUGACAAAGAUAACAGUGGCUAUAUAACAUACGACGAACUUCAACAAGCUUGCAAAGAUUUUGGUAUACACGAUGUUCAGUUAGAAGAAAUGAUCAAAGAAAUCGAUCAAGAUGAUGAUGGGCGCAUAGAUUACGGAGAGUUUGCUGCCAUGAUGAGAAAGGCCGAUGGAGAGCAUGAAAGCAGAACGAUGCGACGAGGUCUAAAGUUUGAUGUGGCAAGUGCAUUUGGAGUCGAUAAUAGUAGUAAUGAAACACAAAACUAACUUAAAGAACCUUGUCUGUAUAUAUAUCGCCAUUUUUUUGUGAGUG